AUGGCUUCAUCACCACACUUCAACAAUGCUGGUUAUGGUUCCUCUAUGGACAUGGAUUUUCCCCCUUCCGAUCCUGUUCCUAUCGAUCAAGGGGAUGAUGAAGUUGAAGCCAACGAUUCUUCGGCGUUUGGAAAAAAUGGGCCCACCAAGCUUUGUGUUAGAGGUCACUGGAGAGCCGCUGAAGAUGCCAAGCUUAAAGAGCUUGUUGCUCAAUUUGGUCCUCGAAACUGGAACUCCAUCGCAGAACAUCUCGAAGGAAGAACAGGAAAAAGUUGCAGAUUGAGGUGGUUUAAUCAGCUAGAUCCUAAAAUUAACAGAUCGGCAUUCACUGUGGAAGAAGAGGAGAGGCUCUUGGCUGCUCAUAAAAUGUACGGCACCAAAUGGGCUAUGAUUUCAAGACUCUUCCCUGGCAGAACAGACAAUGCAGUGAAGAACCAUUGGCAUGUGAUGAUGGCUAGGAGGCAAAGGGAGCAGCAGCACAGAAGGAGAAAGCCCACAUUUCAAAACCCUGAUGCAAAGGUGUUAAAUCUUCUUUUGUCAAAGAAUGCUGCAGCCAGUGAAUCAACUAUUUCAAGCACCAUUGAUGAAUCUGCCUCAGCAUGCACCAACCUCUCCCUCACUCCCUCUUCGUUCAGAUCUAUUCCCAGGCAUUUUCAUAACCAGAACACUUUUCAAGCCUAUGGAUCACUAAUCGGUCUAUAUGGAGAAAGCAAUGUCCCAGUGGGGGAUGUGGGUUGUGACAAGUUUUUCAGCGCUUGGAACGGUUCAUCAGAUCGUGGUAACGUGGGAAAGCUGAUGGGUGUCGAUCAAUCCAACUGCUCAGUUUCAAACUCAGAAGUUUCAGUGUCUGAGUCGGUUGCCACCAACAAGACCAGUACAUCAAUUUUUGGUCAAAAUGAGGAUGUGGGGAAUAAGAUUAACAUGCCAUUUAUUGACUUUCUUGGAGUAGGAGCUACAUAG